AUGUUGGAGCAAAAGGUGGUACAAGGAUCAGCAGCCAGAGCCGUGGAGAAAUCCUCCAGCUCGUCAGUAUCCUCGUCGCAAAAAUUCGAAAGCUCUUCUUCUUCCACAAAAACGGUGAAACAAUCAUUUGUCACGAGUUCCUCGUCCAGCAGCAAAAGCACGAGUUCGGCGCGCCAAAAAAUCGCUGCUGCUGCUGCAGAGUCUGUCGCAGAAACCAGCAGCAGCAGACAAAUCACCGGAAGCAACGUUUCUGCUGCUGAGCAUCGUCGAGAAUCCGCAGCAGUCGCAUCAGAAAUUCAGCGAGAAGCCACGGAAUCCCAAAGGAAAUUCGCUUCAAUUUCUGCAACUGCUGCUUCUUCUUCUUCGACUGCAGAAAACAGCAGGAGAAGCGACUUCACGGAUCAUCAUCAUCAUCAAAGUCGAGAACCGGAUGCCGAAGAAUUCUGGAAAUUCUCUUCAUCCUCACCAGCUACUGCUUUGCAUCACGACGACGAUGACGAUGGCAGUAUUCAUCGUCAUCGGGAUGAAGGACUCGGGAAAAUGCCAGAAACCCCGAUACACGUCGUGAAGAAAACGGACUCGAAAUCGAGUCAUCAGCAUCAACACGUUCACGACUCAAAGUGCGUCGACUGCAACAUUUGGUCGCCGUCUUUGCAAGCCCGCAACCGCAACAGUGUUGUCGAAGAAUGGAAAUCCCAGCUUCGGGCUUCCAGCCCCCCAUCAUCAGCAGCACCGAAUGCUGCAAAUAAUCGUCAACACCAGGACACGACUAGGCAUUCCUUCAGUAGCCGAAAGAGCUCAUCAACGAGCACUUCAGUCAGGGACAACAACAAUCAUCCGCAGAGAAAGGCGUCGACUCUGGACCGGAAUUUCCGCAAGGAUUCCAGUAAGCAAACAAGGAAGGACUCUGACCUCGGGUCAAUGAGUGUGGACAGCGAAGCCAGGAGAGAACAUAAGAAUGUCAAGCAGGUCGACGAGGACUGGAAGGCCUCGCUGAGCAAUAACGCAGAAUCCAGCAGCAGGAGGAAAUCCUCUGCCGUCAUCGACACUUCCGCUCAUCACAAUAAAUCAGCGACUCAAAAACCUGCCGAUCGAAAGGACUCAUCCUCUGCUCAUCAGGACACCCGAAGGCCAAGCAAGCCCGUCUCUGCUUCAGAUCAAGCCAAGCCAGCAGCAGCAACCGCAACCCGGAUGCAUCCGACUGCAGAAGCUGCAAACCGGGAUCACCAACUAACACCAGCAUCCGUCAUUACUCAGACCUCAGACAGCACAUCAACAUUACACUACACCACCAGUACACAGACACAAGCGACAUCUACUGCUGGGGCUCUGAGGCUGCUUGAGCCGGAGGUCGCCCAAGCCGUGUUGCAAAACCGGAGGAACUCGACUGCGUCGGAGCGACAUCUAGAAACUGACAAGAAGCAAGUGUAUCCUAGGAAAGCAAGCUUAGCCCUGUCUGAGACGUCCCAAACAUCCGAACACCAGCAGGAAAUCAUCAUCAACAACAGUUCCCAGUCUGACCAGAAACUAGUUUCUGAUUCCUUCGCUGAAAUCAAGACCUCGUUUGAAGAAGAACACAGAGCUCUUUUAGGUCUUCUUUAG